GGUUGACAUGUAAAACAUAUUUUAAGCAUAAAAUUGAUUUCAUUUCCUAAUUAUUACUAUGAUGAAAGGAUUGCUUUCCAUUAUAAUAUUUGGCUAAAAAUUCAACUACUGUUCUGAUGAAAUACUUUAUGCAUAUAAAUAGUCGUGACAUUGCUCUUCUCGUAAGUAUCAUUUCUUGAAAACGUUUCUUCAAUAAUAUUUUAACUAUUCUCCUUACAAAUUUAGCCAUGGUGAGUAAGAAGACUAGAGGUCGUCAAAAGAUACCAAUGAAAAAAAUAGAAAAACAAGAUGACCGAUAUACUACAUUCUCAAAGCGUCGUAAGGGUUUGUACAAAAAGGCUAGCGAACUUGUCACAGAAUGCGAUGUUGACAUUGCAAUGAUACUGUUUUCGCCUUCUGGUAAGCCGUAUUCUUUUUUUCACCCUACAACUGAUGCGAUCGUUUCUCGUUUUCAAAAUCCAGAUAUGCAGUUAAGCGGAACUACUGGCAUAGUCGCGGCUCAUGCUCGAAAUACAGUGAAACAACUCAACAACAGGCUUGAAGAAUUGGAUACCAUAAAAGAUGUUGCAGUUGGUCAAACAAAAUUCUAUGACCAGGUUGCAGAAACUAGACAGAGAGGUUGGUGGGAGUCAAUUGAGCAGCUCAAUCCAGAUGAAGUGACCAAGUUUGAAGCUUGGUUAACUGCCGCUAGGUUCAAUAUGAACUAUCGUUUGAACCAAUUGGAAAAUGGAGCUUCAACCUCAUUGGGAUGUGAAGUUUGAUACAAAAUUCAAAUUGCCGAUGAAUCAUCCUAAGUUAUCACUUAUGGAAAUAUCGGUGAAACCCUAGAAAAGUUCAAUUUUAUGUUAUUGAGGUGUUGAUUUUUUGUUCUUUUCUAUUUUAUUUCAAUGAUGCUACAACCCUGCACUCUGCUAUGAUUUCCAUUAAUAAUAUUUGAUAUAGUUAUUAAAAUUGUUAUCUCAUACGUGUAUAAGCUAGUAGGUCUCUUAUAUAGGUGGCUCUAUGAUUUGAACUUUAUGUGUAGGAGUUCAGGAUUCUAUUGCAGUCCAUUUGAUUUUCUGAGGCCGAAAUCGAUUAUUUAUACUUAUUUGAUUAAAUUUUUUUUAACACAUUAAAAGGUUUGAGUUAAAACUACUUAAUUGGAUAAACCCGUAAC